AUGCCUCUCCGUCAGACAGCUGCAAACUGGGGCGAUUUUGCCCUUCACCAAUUCGACCGUCUUGUGCCUCCGCAACAGCGUCAAGAUGCUUACGAUAGAGCAAAAGCCUUUGCUAGAGAGCGCCCGUUCCUCUUUGCUUUCCUUCUCGCCCAGGGCUUUUUCUCCGCCAUCCCACUCAUCGUCUUCACCACCUUCACCCUCUCCACCCUCUUCACCUUCGCCACGAUCUUCCUCUGUGCCACCCUGUUCUGGAUUGGCAUCGCUCUUCUCGUCCUAGUCCCCACCCUGUUCCUCACCGGCAGCCUCGCCUUGUUCAUCUGGAGUUUUGGCGCGACGGCGUUCAUCACCAGCCGGGCGGCGUAUGCGACCUUCCUAGUUAUGACCGAAGCCCCCAAGCUAGAGCGGCGGGAGCAUCGUCGCGAGGUGAAGGGGAAGGAGGAUGAGGCGGGAAGGGACGGGGACGGCAAGCCAGAUCAGGUUAGCACCGUGCCGUCUGCGACUUCGUCAUCCGGGGCGUCAUGGACCCGUAUCGAGAGCCAAGAGACGCGGGAUGUCAAGCAGGAGGGAGAGGAGGAUGGCCCGCCGGGACCAAAGGGGUCAAGCGAGUAA